AUGGGUUGGAGUCUCACAAGCUUCCUCCAUGAAAAUGCACUGAUUAUGUAUGCUAUUGGAGAACCGCUUUCGAUGAACGCUGUAAAGAAGUUCAUGACUAACACAUGGAAUUUUGUAGCCCUGCCAGAGCUCUUCUAUAAUCAAGAGGGCUACUUUCUGAUCAAAUUCAACACACGGGAAGACAAGGAUUCUCUGCUGCUAAUAGGGCCCUAUACUAUCUACAGAAAACCCAUGUUCCUUCACGAGUGGACACCUGAAUUUCAGCUUAAAGAUGACUUGCUCAGAGUUUUACCGUUGUGGGUCAUUUUCCCUCAGCUGCCAUUGUUGUAUUGGGGAGAGGAGAGUAUUGGGAAAAUUGCAAGUGCUUUGGGCAAACCACUAAUGAUGGAUGAAUGCACAGCCAAGAAAUUGAGAGUAUCCUAUGCCCGUGUGCUCAUUGAAAUUGAUGUCACCACAGAACUUAAGGACUCUAUUAACAUCAAGACUCCAAGUGGAAUCAGAAUGGUACAGCAAAUUGAAUAUGAAUGGCGACCACCAUUUUGCAAACAAUGUAAUAAAGUGGGCCAUGAGUGCAAGAAGAAAGAAGCAGUUAAGAAAGCAUGGAUUCCAAAACCAAAACCUCCCCCCUGA